CUUGUCCCUCGUCCUGGUCGGAAAGGUCAUCCGAAACUCUUCCUUCUCUCUCUUCCUUCUUCGCCUUCCCGGCCAUUUCUCUCUUUUUCCGAUCGCCGGAUAAAAUUUGUCGGGGAGAUGAUUUCCCGGCGCUUUUGAGUCCGGUUGCUGAUAAAAGAUUCAACCCUGUGACCGGCUACGAUCCACGACACAAACCCGAGAUGAGCUUGAGCCCUCCGCCUCUUGAAUGGCGCCGGCUGUCUUGGCUGCUCUAAACGAACCUCCGUUGCAGGGACAAUGUGGUGCCGGUUUUAUGAGGAAAUACACAAACCAAUCACUCGCCGAUAACAACCAUAAUCCUCCCUUCAACCGUAAUUCCAACCCUAACCCUAAUUCGAACCCGGCUAAUCGCAACAAUUCUGCCAACCAGUCUGACGAUUCCUUGUCUUAUGGUGGCUAUGCUACGUUUGAUCUCGCGGGCUACACCGCGAGUCAGCUCCGGGAGCUGAAGAAGCGCCUGAUAUCGGAGCUCGAGCAGGUUCGGAUCCUGAGGGAACGGAUCGAGUCUGGUGCGUUCGAGACCCGACCCGUUUACACUACACCGGAGGUCUCCGCCGUCCGGUCGGCCCCGGCGCAGAGUUCUGCAGGUGAGACGAAUGACGUUGGACCCAAGAAGAAGAAGAAGAAAAAUGGACCGACUCAGAAACGAGGCAAUCCGCUUGCAGCCGAGCUGCCCGACCUGAAGCGGCCGGCUGUGGCGGUGGUGGAUCCGGAGUCGGAGAAGGUGUUGGCCUGUAUGAUGGACACGUGCGGACAGAUCCUGGGGAAGCUGAUGAAGCACAAAUGGGCAUGGGUGUUCAACUCUCCUGUCGAUGUUGCAGGUUUAGGGCUUCACGACUAUUACCUGAUCGUGAAGAAACCCAUGGAUCUGGGCACGAUCAAGUCAAAUCUGGAAAAGGGUUUCUACGGAUCACCGCUUGAUUUCGCCUCCGAUGUUAGAUUGACCUUCAACAAUGCGUUGGCUUACAACCCUAAGGGUCAAGACGUGUAUUUCAUGGCUGAGAAGCUUCUGGGUCAAUUCGAGGGAAUGUUCAUCCCUGCGUACAAGAGAUUCGAAGCACAGCAGUUGAGAGUUACAGGAUCAUCGUCUUGCCGUGAACCAGAGUUCAAACAAAGAACUUGGAAUCAGAAUCAGAGUGUUGGGAAUGUAAGGAAAGGACCAGAGCAGAUUUCGAUUGCAAAGAAGCUAGAUUCAGUGAAGCCACAACCUACAUUGCCGGCCCCCGUAGUGGAGCCCCCGAGUUUGCCGUCUCCGCCACCUCAACUGCAGCCACCACAUUCUCCUUCUCCUCCUCCGCAGCAGGUCGAACCGCCUCCGGAUGUGGGUGAAGUGAUAAAGGUAAGGAAGGGGAAGCUUCCGAAGCCUAAUGCUAAAGAUCCAAACAAGCGGCUGAUGACAAUGGAGGAGAAGGCAAAACUCGGUUUGAAUCUACAGGAGUUGCCUCCUGAGAAACUCGGUCAGUUGGUUCAGAUACUUAGGAAGCGGAACAGCCAUUUGGCCCAAGAUGGUGAUGAAAUCGAGCUAGAUAUCGAAGCUAUCGACAAUGAGACACUAUGGGAGCUCGAUCGUUUCGUGACGAAUUACAAGAAGAUGGUGAGCAAGAUCAAGCGCCAAGGGUUUAUCCGGAAUAACGUAUCAACUCCCCCGAGAAACAACCUGCAUUCGGUGACAGAGAUGGGUGGUGCAGAGAAAAAGGGGAAGAAAGGAGGGGAGGCAUGUGAAGAGGAUGUGGAUAUAGGAGAAGAUAUGCCGAUUGAGAACUACCCGUCGGUUGAAAUUGAGAAAGAUGGUACAGCCACGGCCGCUAAUAGUGGCCCUUCUUCUUCAGGCAGCUCCAGUUCCAGUAGCAGCUCCUCUUCUAGUGAUUCGGAUUCAGGAAGUUCAUCGGGUAGUGAUUCGGAUGCAGAUAGUGUGCAGUCACCGUUUGUGGAGUCGAAAGAAGCUAGGUGACGACAAGUCUUAGUUGGGUCAGUGUCCAAGUGUGAGGGGAGGUAUUUGCGAUCCUCAUCUAACAGUAAGAAAUGGAGUUUGGGGAUGCGGGCGGAGGAGGAGAGGCUUGUGGGAGAGACUGAAAAUAUAUUUCAUAUUGAAGAAAUCUAUUAGGGAGGAGUAAGUAGCAGAAGAAGGUAGGAGAAAAUGUAAUGGGUAGAUAGAGCAAGGAGCAGAAGAGCUCCUUUUUUUCGCCUUCAAUUUUCUUUUCAGAGUAGGGUUUUAGUCUUUGUUAGUGUAUUUUGUGAGAGUGCCGAAGCGGGUGGGGGAGAGAAGAAGAGGAAUUCUUUUUUUUUUUUGGGGUGAUGGUAAAUCUGGGUUUUGGGAAGAGGAGCGGCAAAAGGAGCGUUGGGGUGCUAUGAAUGUGGGUGUGUUGGGUAAAGGAGAGAAACCAGCAAUGGCAAUGUUAGAAGCAGAGAUGUGUACAUAAAUAUAUAUAUGUAUAUGCGCUUCAAGAGAAGAAACAUCAAACAUUGUUCAUA